AUGCAUUCAAGUCUCAUUUUUGCUCUGGCACUAGGUGCAGCUUCAGCUGCCUCCGGUCAAAUCACUCUCCAGCCGACGACCAUCAGGCAGGGAACUUGUGCCGUAACCAAGACCAUUACAUCCGUCAUCAUUCAGACAGACACUGUCGUCAAGACCACAACAGAUUUCCAGACGACGACGGACAUUAAAACUACAACAGACACCAUCACCAAGACUGAGACCGGCCUCAAGACUGUCACCGCCUUCAUCACAAAGACCGAAACAGCAUACAAAACACUCACCGAGACCACCACGCAGAAGGUCACGGAGCUUGUGACCAAGACGUUGACGGAGACAGCCACCAAGACGUCGACGGAGACAGCCACCAAGACGGUCACUACGACAUCAGUCACCACGCUGCCCUGCAAGCCUCCUGUCUUGCACAACCACGUCGACACUGACCAAGUCGGCUGGAUGUCCUGCACAAGCGGCCACCACGGUAGCAAGCUUUCCAUGUGA